AUGAAGAACGAAAGCGAUUCAUGCUGGAACCAGAGUCAGAAGGCCAUCGCCCCUGACACCGGCAAGAGUCUCGAGGUCCAGCUCGUACUGUCUUUGGUGAUUGGUGUUUCUGCCUUCUUGCUCUUCUGUAUCCUACGCCCACGAUGGCCCGCCCUUUACGCUGCGCGAAAGCGUCGCCUCGACCACCACCUUGGCCUGCCUGCCCUUCCAAAUUCCACGUUCGGCUGGAUCCCGACACUUUUUAAAAUUACCGAGGAGCAGGUCCUGGCUUCCGCCGGACUCGAUGCUUUUGUGGUACGAUACAAACCCUGA